AUUCGCCUGAUUCGCAGUGAUUCGCAGUGAUUCGCAGGUUCAAUUUGGCAGUCGACCCCCAGCAGACCCCCUGGAAGGGAAAUUGUUGUUUGGCAACGUGCAGCAGCAGCGACAACAGCGCAGUCAGGCAGGCCAGUCUGUAGAAUACGGGGACGGGGAAAGCACCAUCACGUUAUUGUGUUCCAUCUCCCGUUGCUUGUCCCCUAAUUGCACUUUGUUUCAUUUCACGACCACGUCCAACGUCCACACUUCUCUUCUUCCCGUCGUCCAUCUCCAGUCCAACCCACGCCCUUCUUUCGACCGCCCGACAGCCAUCAUCUUCAUUCGCUUCUCUUCUUCACAACCUGCUUUUUGGAAUAGCCCCCAAGUUAGCAAUCAUGUCGACCAUGGGCCCUGCCACCGUCCACCCCGAGACCCACGUCGGUUUCGACAGCAUCACCUCCCAGAUUGAGCGCAAGCUGCUCAAGCGCGGCUUCCAGUUCAAUGUCAUCUGCGUUGGCCAAACCGGCCUCGGCAAGUCGACCCUCAUCAACACCAUCUUCGCUUCCCACCUCAUCGACUCCAAGGGUCGCCUCCAACCCGACGAGACCGUCCGAUCCACCACCGAGAUCCAGUCCGUUUCCCACAUCAUCGAGGAGAAUGGCGUCCGUCUCCGCCUCAACAUUGUCGACACCCCCGGCUACGGCGACAUGAUCAACAACGACCGCUGCUGGGACCCCAUCGUCAAGUACAUCAAGGACCAGCACUCUGCCUACCUCCGCAAGGAGCUCACUGCCCAGCGUGAGCGCUACAUCCAGGACACCCGCAUCCACUGCUGCCUUUUCUUCAUCCAGCCCUCGGGUCACUCGCUCAAGCCCAUCGACAUUGUCGUCCUCAAGAAGCUGUCGGAUGUCGUCAACGUCGUGCCCGUGAUUGCCAAGUCGGACUCCCUUACGCUGGAAGAACGCCAGGCCUUCAAGGAGCGCAUCAAGGAGGAGUUUGCCUUCCACAACCUCAAGAUGUACCCCUACGACAACGAUGAGCUUGACGAGGAGGAGCGCUCCCUGAACCAGCAGAUCAAGAGCCUCAUUCCCUUCGCUGUCGUCGGUUCUGAGAAGAACAUCAUUGUCAACGGCAAGCAGGUCCGUGGCCGCCAGAACCGCUGGGGCGUCAUCAACGUCGAGGACGAGAACCACUGCGAAUUCAUCUACCUCCGAAACUUCCUCCUCCGCACCCACCUCCAGGACCUCAUCGAGACUACAUCCCAGAUCCACUACGAAACCUUCCGUGCCAAGCAGCUAUUGGCCCUGAAGGAAAGCAGUGCGCAGGGACACGGUAGCAGGCCAAUCAGCCCGGCUCCGGAUCGCGAGAUGAGCCGUAACUCUCAACGCAUGACCAUGAAUGGCUACUAGGAGAAGCCCAAAAACAAUCAAUGAGGACAGCAAACUUGACGGAGAGUCGGCAAAACACUGCAGCCCCCCCGAUAUAGACGAACGACCGAUACGCCCUCGGGGAUUUGGGGGCAGAAAUAAAAAGGCUUUGUUUGGGUCGGCAACAAGCGAU